AUGACAAGUCGAACAAUACGUCGUACAGUUGAACAUGGAAUUCGUCAAGUGUCAGAUAUUGGUGGUGGAGGUAAAGGUGAAGCUUUAGCAUUGAUGCGUCAACAACGUGAUCAUGAAAAAGAAGAAUUAAUUCAAUUAAAUGAUCGAUUUUCAUCUUAUCUCGAUCGAGUGAAAUAUUUAGAACAAACAAAUAAACAAUUACAAAAUACAUUAGAUCAAUUAAGAUCCAAAUGGGGUUUAGAUUCUGAUCGUUUUAAAUCUCAAUAUGAACCACAAUUAAAUGAUUUAAGAAAAACGAUCGAUUUAGCGACAGUUGAUAAAGCAAAAGGAGAAAUUCGUGCUAAACGAGCUGAAUUUGAUUUACUUUAUUAUAAAAAAUUAGCUGAUGAUAUUAAUCAAUGGACAAAUCAAGAUAAAUCGAAAAUCAAUUCACUUCAAUCGACCUUAGAAGAAAAUCAACGAGAAUUAGAACAUCUUCAACGUUUAAUGGGUGAUUCAAUGAGUGACAUUGAAAAAUAUCGAAAUGAAAUGAAACAUUUAUAUGAAGAAAUUUCUCGUCUUUUAAUUGAAUUAGAUCAAGAAACAAUGGCACGAAUUAAAAUUGAAAAUGAAAAACAAACACUUGAAGAACAAAUUCCUUUUCUUUCAGCUAUUCAUGAACAAGAAAUGAAUGAAUUAAGAAAUUUAUCUUCACCAAACAUUGGUAUUGAUCCAACAACAUUUUAUAAAAAUGAAUUACAAAGAGCAAUACGAGAAAUUCGAAAUGAUUUUGAAAAUCUUUCACGUUCACAACGAAGUGAAUUAGAAGAAUAUUAUCGAAUUAAAACAGAUGAAAUCGUUCAACAAGCACAAAAACAAAAACAACAACAAAAUAAUCAAUUGGUUAAUCAAGAAAAUUCCAAUCAACUUCGAAUUAAUAUAAAUGAAACGAAAAAAGAAAUGUUCGAUUUACAACAAGAUUAUAAUAAUUAUUUACAAAAAAUGUCCGAAUUAGAAUCGAAAUUAGAAUCACUUAAACGAGAAAAUGGAGAUGUUAUUGAUGCACGUGAACGAGAAAUCUUAGAACUUCGUUCUCAUUUAAAUGAAUUAAUGGCUUCAUAUGAUGAAAUUGUUUCAAAUAAAUCUUCAUUAGAAUUUGAAAUCAAUACAUAUCGUCGUUUACUUGAAUCAGAAGAAGGAAGAAUUCGUGAAAGUAAACAUACAAUUAAAACCACAACACAUAUUUCUCAAUCAUCAUCUCAUAUUCAACAACAUCAACCACCACCACCACCACCUAUUCGUCAUCCAUCACCACCACCAACACAAAUCACUAAAACAGUUACUAAUGAAAAAAUUAUUAAUCAAACUGAAAUGCAAGCGAAAACAACUUUUCAAAGAUCUGCUAAAGGACCAAUUAAUAUUGAUGAAUGUUCACCUGAUGGCAAAUAUAUUCAAUUGGCGAAUACAUCAAAAAAUAAAGAUAUUGAUUUAACUGGAUGGCGUCUUUUGAGAAAAGUGGAUAAUUCUCCUGAAAUAACUUAUUCACUUCCAUCAGGUUUAAAAUUAUCAUCAGGAAAAUAUUUAAAAAUUCACGCACGUGGUCAUGGAAAAGAAAAAUUACCUUAUGAUCUCGUUUUACCUACACAUGAUUCAUGGGGUGUUGGAGUUAGUGUUGUUACACGUCUUUUAAAUGAACAAAACGAAGAAAAAGCAACACAUAUACAAAAAACUGUUUAUGCUUCGUAA